UGCAACUAUUCAAUGUUCACAAUGACUACGACCUGCAAAUGAUAUAAAAGCCCUUGUCGCCGCAAUGUCUCAGCGAGGCUCGAAGUCUAUCAAGCCACCCAGUCAUAGCAGUUAGCUUACGAGUCCUCGUGUGACUUGACUCAUCGACACCUGUUGGGAGAGGGAGAGAGAGAGAGAGAGAGAACAGACAAAAAGAAUAGCCGAGCAUGCCUAUACUCGCGGGAAGGGAAGUCGGGCCCAUCGGGUUCGGCAUGAUGGGGCUAACGUGGGCGGCGGAGCCGGUGCCGGAGGAGCAGGCGUUCGCGACGCUGAAGGCGGCGCUAGCCAACGGGAUGAACUUCUGGAACGGCGGGGAGUUCUACGGGCCCCCCGAGCGGAACUCGCUCGUGCUGCUGGAGCGGUACUUCGCCCGGUACCCGGAGGACGCGGACCAGGUGGUGCUGAGCAUCAAGGGCGGCGUCGACGUCGGCGAGCACGCGCACGUCGCCGACGGCUCCCCCGAGAACACCCGCCGGUCGCUCGACCAGUGCAUCGCCCAGCUCAAGGGCCGCAAGAAGAUCGAUAUCUUUGAGUUUGGGCGCCGCGACGAGAGGGUCCCGCUAAGCGUGACUUUUGGGAUUAUCGAGAAGGAGUACGUCCAGACUGGCAAGAUCGGAGGCAUUUCGCUCUCCGAAGUCAGGGCGGAGACGAUCCACGAGGCCGUGAAGAUAACCAAGAUCGUGAGCGUCGAGGUUGAACUCUCACUAUUCAGCAGGGAAAUCCUCGAGAACGGCGUAGCCGCGGCGUGCGCGCAGCACGGCAUCCCGGUGAUCGCGUACUCGCCGGUGGGGCGGGGGUUCCUCGCGGGCCGGUACCAGACGAUCGAGGACGUGAAGCCGGCGCUGCGCAGCUGGCCGUGGUUCCAGCCGGGCCACUUCGAGGCGAACCUGCGGCUGGCGCGGCGAGUCGAGGAGCUGGCCGUGAGGAAGGGCGUCGCGCCGGCCCAGCUCGCCAUCAACUGGGCGUGCCGGGUGGCCUCCUGGCGGCGCGGGGGCGUGCCCGAGACUAUCAUCCCAAUCCCCGGCGCUACGACGGCCGCCCGCGUCCGCGAGAACGCGAGGGUCGUGGAGAUAUCCGACGAGGAGAUGGCGUUUAUCGACGGGGUUAUUGCGGGGUUUACGGCGAGUGGUAAUAGGUACCCGGAUCACGUCCCUACUAACACCUAGACUCGCAAGGAUAGAACCUGGAUGGAUGGAUGGGCAUUGCUGUUGAGGGCAUGUUGAGUUUUGUUAUUGUAGCACCAGGUCCAGGUAAAAUGCCAAAUGCCACUUCAU